AUGCAUCAGUACAAGCAAUUCAACAACGAGAAGGUCCAGUACACAAGCAUCCCGGACUCCAAAUCCAGGACUGAUGGAUACCCUGGGCUGAGCAGAGACCAACUGACGAAUGGAUCCCGAGAGGUCGUGGACAACUUGGCAGAGCCCUUCGGAAAGAUCGCAAUCCGUUCAUCAUUCGAGAGCCUACCAAAUGAGCUACUGCGAAAGAUCUUUGGAUACAUUCACGACGAGAUAGAGCGCGUGUCUAGGCCAAAGCUUGCCGAAAUAGGCAGCACAACUUUCCACAGACUCUGUCUUGUGUCGAGGCGGAUCUACCCAGUGGCACGCGAGUUCUUGUAUAGAACGGUAGUCGUGACGGACAAACAGCUCUUCUUGCUGUAUCGGCAGCUCAUGCGGGACGAAGCAGCCCACUCGCUGAUUCGCAACUUUAUGUGCGUCUCGGACUUGACUCCCGAUACCUCGAUACAUUGCGGGUCCAUGGGGCACACCCAGCUGAUACACAGCAAGCUGGUCCAGACAUCUUUGACGGCAGUCACCUGCAGCAGAGACCUGGCGAAGACGGCGAACAUGCAGAGGAUCCACAAGAUGCAUGCCGAGCUCAUGAGGUCGAUGCCCUGCUUUGACGUGCUUCUCGGUGUCACAUACAUCCUCCUGCACUGCAUGCCACGGGUAGGGUACCUGGUUCUCCAUCUGCCUAUCCCUCCGCUCUUCGACUCUUUACAGGAUGUCAACUGGUUCUGGGGCCGGCUCUGGUCGCGCACGAGCUUCGCGAGUCUCUCCAAAGAAGCAAGGCGCAUGGCCCCAGCCUACGUCGAGACUACGGCCGCCACUGUACAGACAGCCCCCAAGGUCAUCUCGGCGAAACGCGCGUGGGAUAGUGAUUCCUAUUCCUACUCGUUGGACAACGCUCUGGCGGCGCCGGCACCGUGGGCGGGCAAGAUCCUCUCCAGUCUCCGCUACAUGUUCCUCUCGCACCACUGGAAGGGCGCCAACGUUCAGUUCCCCGUCGUCGACUGGACCGAGUACAAGUUCGACUACCCCUUACGCGGCAAAGCGGACGCCUCACUCCGCGAGCUGCCGGUGAGGCUGACGGCCAGCGUCUCCGACUGGCGCGGCAUCCAGGCCCUCUGGCUAUCGACAGCGCAGAACACCAAUCUGAGGACGCUGUCCGUCAUGACGCCGACAGUCGCGUACCUCCACGACCCAGCCGCCACCUCCCGCCUCAUCGAGCAGUCCCCCGGCGUGCUGACCCCGAUGGACGCCGCGCUCUCGCGCUGGACGCACUCUCUCCGCACGCUCCACCUGGACUGCAUGUUCUCCCAGCCCCUCUGCGACACCGUCUACGGCAACCCGGCCCUCCCGCCCGCGCUCUACAGCAUCGCGGCCAUGUCCCACCUCAGGGAGCUGACGAUCACGACCGAGGCGGCCUUCGGCGACCCGUGGGACAUGUCGGACCAGAUGAACCAGUUCGACGACCCGGUCGACGACGACGCCGACGCCGCCGACGCCUUCCUCGCGCGCCGCCUGCCGGCCUCGCUCGAGAUCCUGACCAUCGUCGAGUGGUGGAGCAUGCACGUGCCGCGCUGGCCGAGGCUCGAGCUCCCGGGCGUCUACGAGCGGUACCACGUCGACGCCAUGAUGGCCGACUUCCUCUGCUGCGCGCCGCACAUCCUGGGCCGGACGCACCCGCGCCUGAAGCAGCUCACCAUGGUCGGGCUGUGCGCCGUCGUGGCGGGGACGGGCGAGCUCCUGUAUGACAACAGCAGGCACUGGGUCGAUUCGAGCUGCGCGGAGGACUACGCCAAGUGUUUCCACGAAAUUGGCGUCAGGCUUCGUCUCCAGCUACGACUGAUUCAGGUGGAUGACAAGGGCAACCUGACGCAAGAGAUCGACCCGUCUGAGGAAGUGAUGGAAGCCUGA